AUGAACGCCAGUCAUCUGAGUGUAGCAUCGGUGCAACGACAAUUGAGGGAAGAUUGGGACAAUCGGGAAUAUUCACAAGUUGUUGCCGAUAACAUAAAAAAUAUUGCUGAAUUUUUGAGCAGUUUUGAGCUUUCUUGUCGAAGCAGAUUUGCUGAAUUGAACGACAAGUUCACUUUGCUGGAGAGAAAAGUGGAGUUUUUAGAAGCUUGGCUAUCUAAAGGGGAAACUUUGAAUUAA